CAGGGAUUGGCAAGCUUUGACAAGCAUUUCCUGUUGUCUUCACAGAAAUCUCACUGAAGAAUAAUCUCAAAGGAACAUUUGUCUCCCCAUACCUCUGUUAAUGUGCAUUAGUAGCUAGCAAAUGUUUUAUUUUCUGGCCAGAAAAACAUCAGACAACCUGUGCUUGGCCUGUUCCACACAGCUGAAUGAAAGCUUCUCCUAGUUGUUACUAUAGCCCUACUGCUGAUGUACCUCUCUGUUGGGUGAAUGUUUACGAAUCCCUUUUCUGAACCAGCUUUGGCCUCUUGGAGCCUGUGACAUGGAAGCCUUGGAAGUGGAUGAUAUCAGCCCAGCCUUAGAAGUUACUGAGGAUUUCUUCAGUACUUUUGAUAGUAAGCUAGAGAAAGCUGUGCAGCAAGCAGAGGUUUAUGGGAUUCAGGAAGUCCCUGAACUGGUGGGCCAUGAGGUACUCAGUAACAUAACAGACAAUGGUGCUAUGAGAAAUGCUGCCUCCCUGGGCAAAGGGGGCAUGAUUUGGGACCACUGUAAGAGCAGGCUCUUAGAAACCAAAGCUCAAAAUGUCUUCCCUGCCAAAGAACAGUUCAUGGUCCAGAGAGGGACAACCCCAGACAAUCUUUCCUGGAUGGAACAAAAGGAAGCAUCAACUUUUAAUUUUUUCAAUAUGUGUCAACGCCGGAGGGACAGACCUCGUUCUGUGAAUGAUUUGUUGGAUGAGACUUCUACUUUCAAGCCAGGACAUGCUCGAUCAAGGUCAGAUAUUACCCACAUGGACUGGAGGGUAGUCCUCAACACUAUGCCUCUGCAGCUGCAGCAGCAGCAGCCAUCCCUUCAAGGCCCUCACUUCACCAGACCAUCUUUUCUGUUGCCCUCACCAAACAAGAUAGAAGAUGCUCAAGGAAAUACUGAACACAAGCAGACAUUCCCAAACAUUCUGAAGAAGGGAUACCUGGAGAUUAGGAAGGACCACGACAGUUACUGGCAAAGCUGUUACGCAGAACUCUCACCUUACAACUUAUACUUCUACAGCCUGGACAGCAGUGGGAAUCAAAACCUUUAUGCCACCUACCAGCUUUCACACUUCCAGAACAUAUCUGUCUUGGGAAACCUUGAGGCCAGGAUGGUGGACACCGUUCUGUAUGAUAACACCCAGCUACAGCUAAAAGCAGAGUCCGCAUGGGAGGCUUUGGACUGGGGGCAGAAACUUUGGGAAGUCGUGCAUGCUACCGUGCCUGGUUACGUGGGACGGCAGGAUGAGCUGGCAAACUCACCAGGUCUCGGUCACCACAUGGAUAGCACACAGAAUCAUUGUCUACAGAAGAAAGCCAGUGGGCUGCUGCCACCAUCCCCUGUCUUGGACAGCCCCAAACAGUACCAGAACAUCAUCAAAUCAGGAACGCUCUACAGGCUGACUGUCCAGAACAACUGGAAGGCAUUUACGUUUGUGCUGAGCAGGGCAUACCUCAUGGCUUUUCAGCCUGGCAAGUUAGACGAGGAUCCUCUGUUGAGCUACAACGUGGAUGUGUGUCUGGCUGUCCAGAUCGACAACCUGGAUGGCUGCGACUCUUGCUUUCAAGUCAUUUUUCCCCAAGAUGUCCUCCGCCUCCGAGCUGAGACCCGGCAGAGGGCUCAGGAAUGGAUGGAGGCUCUGAAAACAGCGGCCAACACAGCGAGGAGUUCAGAGCAAAACCUGCAGGUCACGCUUAGGAACAAACCCAAGGAUCAGAUGGGCGGGCCUGAACUCAGGAAGAACAAGCGCCAGUCUGUGACCACCAGCUUCCUGAGCAUUCUGACGACUUUGUCUUUGGAACGAGGACUCACUGCUCAGAGUUUCAAAUGUGCAGGAUGCCAGCGAUCCAUAGGUCUUUCCAAUGGGAAAGCCAAGGUGUGCAAUUACAGCGGGUGGUAUUACUGCAGCAGCUGCCACGUGGAUGACAGCUUUCUCAUCCCAGCACGAGUAGUCCACAACUGGGAUACUUCAAAAUACAAGGUGUCUAAGCAGGCCAAGGAGUUUCUGGAGUACGUUUAUGAGGAGCCCCUGAUCGACAUCCAGCAGGAGAACCCCAUGCUGUAUCACCACGCCGAGCCGCUGGCCACCGUGGCGCGACUGCGGCAGCGGCUCAGGUCGCUGCGAGCCUAUUUGUUCAGCUGCCGGGCGGCGGUGGCCGAGGAUCUGCGCCGCAGAAUUUUUCCCAGAGAAUACCUCCUUCAACAGAUCCAUCUGUAUUCCCUGGCUGACCUGCAGCAGGUGAUAGAGGGAAAGCUGGCUCCAUUCCUGGGCAAGGUCAUUAAAUUUGCCACCUCACACGUGUACAGCUGCAGUCUUUGUAGCCAGAAGGGAUUCAUCUGCGAAAUCUGUAACAACGGAGAGAUCCUCUACCCUUUUGAGGAUAUUUCAACAAGCAGGUGUGAAAGCUGUGGAGCUGUUUUCCAUGCCGAAUGCAAAGAAAAGUCUGUGCCCUGCCCGAGGUGUGUCCGCCGAGAGCUGCAGAAGAAGCAGAAGUCUUUCUGGCGGAGGCUGAACAUGGACGAGAGUCUGGAGGAGGCUUGCACCAUGUUUGAGCUGUCCUACCAGAACACUUGACUCAGGCAACCCGAGCCAGGGCUGCCCUGAUCACCGAUCCCUCAGCCCCGGAGGGGCUUCCUCGCUAGCCAGUGAAGCUCCUGUGGAAGAAGAAUCUGUCUCAUCUUCAGCUAUAUGUAGAUAUAUAUAUAUUUAUUUAUAUGUACGUAUACACACAUACCUAUACACCCUGUACGUACGUUCUGUAUAAACCAUUGUCUAAAAAGUCCACAGAGCCCCUGUGGCUCAAAAAAACUAAUGAUAAUAGCUGAACUACUGUUAGCCAUGAAUUUCAGCUGCUUGCUCCCAGGCAAAAUGUGGUUUACACACAUGCUUUUUACUUCAGACUUCUUUUUUUUUUUGGCUCUCAGGGGUCAUUUUAUUACACAAGACACAGGAGGAAAUAUUUCCUACGGGACAACACGCUCCAGGUUAAUCUUGUGUUAUUUAUUUUUAGCCUUCACAGAGGCUGAGGUAGCUGAGGCCAGCACCCAUGACCACCUAUUUUCCCAAGAAAAUCUUCGAAGCGCAAGGAUGACUCCUGGAGCCUUCUAGGACCCAGGGUCCCUUGGGCUCUCCUCUCAGUUUCUCCUGCAGAAGUGGGGGGUCACCAUGUAGAGCACAGUGGCCGGAAACCCAGGGGGUGAGCUCCCUCUGACAGAAAGCGUGUGCCCUAACGUAAGGGCAGAACUGGUUCUGGUUCUGGAGAUAAUCUCAGAAAAGCUUUUCUCCCUGCAACAAGUAACUGCAUGCAUUUGGUCAGCUUGCUGGUCGGAGUCCCUGUGCCUGCCUGAUGAUGCGACUCCUCCCCGUGUCUGCCAGGCUGUGAACAUGGCUGUCUGGAGAGCCCUUUCCAAGGGUGUCAUAGACGAGACCUGUGUUCUAUUCAUGGCGCCGGCCAGACAGGAUGCGCUCGGAGUGUUGGUAAAGACGUGGUGUGUAGACCGGUGGAGACGGUAUGUGGCAUGCAUAUCCCACGGGACACCCUUCAGUUUAACAGAAACCUGUGCAGGCAGUUUCUCGCUACUCGUUUAAAACACUUUACUUCUUAUUAUUCUUCAUCACACUUUCAUUUUGACUUUUGAUUUGUCGGUUGAACCACGCUUGCUUUCAUGAUUUUUUGAUUCUUUGAAAAAUCAGAGUAACCUGGAACCUCAAAAUACCAUAGACUAUGAAGAAAAUACCAAACCUACAAGUAUAAUUGAUGAAUUAAGUAUGAUGUUGUUUAAAUAUAUAUAUAUAUAUGCACAUACAUAUAAUUGCCAUCUUAAAGUCAAAAGAAAAAGUGCUAAAAUAAAUAAUACAGUAGGAAUAAGAAACACGACGAAUUGCUUUGCUACUUGGCAGGGAGGUGGUCUCUGGCCGCAGCACCCUCUCAGGAGCCAGUGUAGGGGCCACUGAACCUGCAGGCGGGACAGCACCAGGAACCUGAUGGCUCCUCCCGCUUCUCCCUUAGCCCUUUCCAGAACAGGAAAAUAUGCUUAUAAAUGAAACCGUUCUCAGCAGGCUUUAUGAGAAGGUUCUGCAUCUUCCGCACUGAGCUGAUGCCUUCUGCGUCUCCAUGGCCUAGUCAUUUCCCUGCUAGGAGGACGUGGGGUGUCCGUGGCCCACAGAGUAACCCACGGCUCCUUUCCCCGCACCCUGCUCCCUCCAGAUCCCAGCCCACAAUGCUCCCAUUCAGAGGUGUGCCAUUGCAGACCGACUCUUGUCAGAUAGAUGUAAACAUUUCACCUCCUGACCCGCCACUUCCUUUGGCCCAGACACACCUUUCAACCUAAUGGCACCACACAGGCAGUUAGGUUCUGCCUAUCCAGUAGUCCUAUCCACGGCACAGAAACGUGUUCAAAGGCCAGGGCCCUAUUCGUGAGACACCUAAAGGUGCCUUUUACUCUUCGACAAGCAUGUUGCCCCGCACCCCUGCACUCUAGUUAUAUGGAGAAGGUUGCACACAAAAAGAGUGGAAAAUCUCAAACACUUGGCGAACCGGCAAACAAAUUUGAUCAUCUUUCCUCCUCCCUUUCGUGAAAUACAGUAUUUAUAUUUUCCAGCCUCGGAGAAGAUAGGAGAACAUGAUCUUUCACAAGAGAAUUAUAGACCUGCUUAUUAUAAAACAGAUGUCUCCCAUGGCAAAGUGCCUUCUCCCUCCGCCCCCGGCUCGCUGUCACUGCAGCUUACCUUUGCCUUCGCUGUAAUUACGGUAUCUGUGAUUGCGACUGUCAGCGAAGCCGUUCCCAGCACACUGCAUUCAGAGACCCCGAAUGCGGGGCCUUCUCCUCCCUUCUAAUGUGUCUGCUCGCCGUGCAGCAUUUCCCGCCCCGGCUCACUGGCCCCCCGCGCAGACUGCCGGGAAUCCAGGGUGCAAAUCUGGAUCCCUUUACUGAACACCACUGUUUUCACCAGUGCCCGUCUACAGGCCCUUGCUAAGUAUUGGCAGUCUCUGUGAACUCCUGAGAACUUUCCACCCACUUUCCACUGCUUAUUUUCACAAGGGAAAAAAAAAAAAAAAAAAAAGAUGUGCUCUCACCAUCAGCUACCCAGACCUGGAACUGGGUCCCAGCUGCUUCUGUUUUGUCUCCUUUUUGUACAACCCUGACAGCCUGACCGGUGCCAGCCACAGACUACAUUCUCUGCCACAGCUGCCCAAAUCUGAUAGGACAGAGUGCAGCCAGCUUAGGAGUUGGGUAUGCCAUGAAAAUUCAGAAUGGCUAUUUUCAGCCCAGAAUGCCUAGAGCACAUGAACGCCCUCACGGCUUUCAACCCUAACAAAUCACUUGGUGCACUGUUAGGCAAUUGUUCCACUGCUUAGAGACUGUUGAAACAAAAGCAAAUCUGUGGAUUACCACCUCCUUACGACUGACCUAGUACCUGCUUUUCCUCCUGUUCCAUUUUUCAUCCCAUAUUAAAGAUCUUGCACAUAAAGCAUGUGAGAAAAUGGCCAGCUCGUCUCCUGGAGCGGGCAGCCAACUCCGGGAACCACUUCUCAUUGCGAGGCCUGUGCUCUGGUGUAUCACUUGAGGAAAUCCCUCCCACCAGUGCCAGAAACUCAUGUGUGAGACCGUCCAACCCUGGGAACUGCUGGCAUCUAACCUCACAGAGAAGAAGCCAGUUCCUAAAAUAGACCUCAGUUUGCACCGCUGCAGGAAGGCCACAAAGUACUUAAAAAGCAGUCAACUGGAAUGGGAGUACUGUUCUUUCCAGGACCGCUUUCCCCCAAGGUGAAAGCCUCUUUAUAUGAAGACCGUGUAGACUCUCGUCGCCCACUUAUACUUCUCUGCCUUCUCGGGGACUGUACUUCAGUCAUUUUCACAUCUGGAGGGGCUAAAGAGUCGUCUUGUUAGGCGCGUUCCCAUUUGGUUAGCUGAGAAGGACAAUGGCUGUGCGAUUCCUCCAGACCAGGCCUCACUGAAAAGGAAUAUGGCUAGUGCUUGGGGUUUGUGGUUUCCAGCACAGUGGUGUUUUUAGACUGCUGAAGUGGGGCUGUGCUGAGAUUUCCUUCCUGCUGCAGCGAGAACCGAGGUGUUUAUGUCACCCUGGUUCCAAGUUCAACCCUUGCUAAGCUGCAGCGUGCCCUUUGCAGGAGGCUGGCCUCCAUACUUAUCUGUGUCAGUGUACAACACUGAACGUCGACACCAGAGAGUUCCACGCUGAGCUUUUUGUCCUGGGGAUUUGUUCUAUAACCACUGGCCCAGAAAGUCCAGACGUAAAAUUACUCUCUCAGCUGGGACUAGUGCGAUGUGACACACUGAGCACCUAUUGCAGAGAGAGGCAUUACUCAAGCAAGUAGAGAGUGCCCCUCUCCUACCUGAGGGUGGGACCAGGGCUGCUGCUCAGACAUUUGUGCAGAAUUAGCCCUCCCCAUUGAUCUGCCACACUUUACUGAAAUAACUAACUCAUGGACACAUUUCUUUUAUGUUCGCCUGAAAGAGAGACAGAGAGAAAGCACCCCUCCAUGGAGCGUUGCCAUGCUGCAAUCAUUUCCCUCCAUUUCUCCACCCCAUCAGAAUUUGGGGCACACAUGCACAUAUGCCCAGCAUGAUUUUCAAGUAACCAGGGCUGAGAUUCGAACUGUGGCUGACCAUGUGGGAUCCAGCUCCCUAUGCACUUAACUCCUGUGCUAUAGAGCAGGCCUGAAAUAAAUCUUGAAUUCUAACCCUGCUUGGCCUCAAUGCAGAGGUUAUUUUAUUUUGUUUCUUCUUAUUCUCUACGUCUCAUAGUAAAUAGAGAUGUGUGCAGUUUUUCUCCUUUUUCUCCUUGGAGUUUUCUGGCCCAUUUUUCUCACUCUGAAAUAAUGUGAAAAAGUAAAGCAUGGGGAGCAGCACCAGAAGAAACCAACACCCCAUCGUGUGCACGAAUCGAGUCCUUAGCCGUGCUCUCCGCUCUUGUUCUUGGUACCCGAGGGGAUGGGCAGUCGGAGCUUCACAUGCCGCCCAUCUCGUACCACCCUUGGGCCCUCAGUCCAGUGACAAACUGCUCCAGGCGGCAGCCAGUGCUGGCUCAAUGAGCCCUGCUCACUUCGUCUAAACAGACGAACACUGGACUGGUAUGCUGUGGGAGAGCUUUGACAGGCCUCAGCUCCCAGCGGUCUUCCUGUUCACAGAUGCUUCGAAUUUCACUGGAUUCAAAAAUCUCUGACUCGAUGGCUGUUCUUGAGUGUGUUUCGGUGGGUGCAUGGCUGAGGCAAUGCCCAAGGUUGAACUCCAGGUAAAGGUAGAACGAAGUGUGUGGCCUCUCGCCUAGAUCCCGUCGUCGUCAGAGAUUUAUGAAAGUGGCUUCCAGAUGAUUGUGUUCUGUGGCACUUUCCUCACGACGUGGACAUGAUGGAAGGCACCGUGAAUCUCAGAUGAGACAACUGCUGUUUUGCUUUGUUUUUUUGUUUGUUUGUUUUUCCAAAGAGAAAAGAAGCCACUGGUUGCUCAUCUUAUUAGAAAGCUCUCAAAGGGGGCCAGCUCUGGCCAGGGAAGAAGAUCCAGGCACCUCCAGCAAUUCCCAGCACAGUGAGGAUACUCUCCUACUGACUGUGCAGCUGCAAACCAGCCCUCUCCCCUCCCUUCGGACUCCCUCACCCCUGGCUCUGAGCCCCAGCCCGGGUUUAGGCCUCAUCGCUAGUAAACCAGCUAGUUGACCUCUGGCACCUGUGGCUCCUUCUUCAAGUUGGCCUUCCCACGUGUUUCUCUUCCCCGUAGGAGUGCCUUACACGCUGCCGCCUAGUGCUUCUGGGCUAGUCUAGCAGACCCCUUGAAGCCUGCAGGGCCCUUCAACUAAACGUGGCUCCCCUUUGCUUCUUCCCUACUUGCAACUCUUCACAAAGAUACGCUUGGAGCCUGCGUAUUCCACGAUGCACGCCAGACCUUUUCGCCUUUGUUUAACCUGGUGCCUUAACCUCAUGAGGAAAGGGAUUCGUGGUGGAAACAUGUUGUCAGCACAGAAUGGUACAAACACUGGCUUCUUAGUGCCACUGGCACUUCUACCAGGAAAUACAAAA